UCAGUCUCAAACUUGAUGAGCAUUUUUAAGCGUCUUCCUCGAGUGAAAAUCAGAACUAGCAUUUCCGAAAUGGCAUCGAUGGCGCCUCUGCAGAGUGUUUGUGCUACAAAGACAAGGAAGCUUUUGGCCGGUGCAAGUACGGGCUUUUCUAUUCUACCAACUCCAACUGGUAGGGCAGUGUUGAAGAAUAGAAAACGAUCCUUAACGGUGGUUGCAGCCGUCGGAGACGUCUCAGCCGAUGGCACCACUUACUUAUUCAUCGGUGCGGCCACUGUUGCCCUGCUUGGAACUGCUUUUCCAGUCCUCUUCUCCCGCAGGGACACCUGCCCUGAAUGCGACGGAGCAGGUUUUGUUCGGAAAUCAGGAGUGACCCUGAGGGCAAAUGCAGCUCGAAAGGAUGAAGCUCAGAUUGUCUGUGCUCGCUGCAAUGGCCUUGGAAAGCUCAAUCAAAUCGAUAAAUGAAGUUAUUUUGUUCUGUAAUUUUAAUCCUUAGCCUUGCUGUAAUUUCAGUACCGGGAAGUCCUGACAUUGUUAUACUGUAACUGCAACCUCAAAUUUUCCUGCGUUUAUCACCAUGACAAUAUAUUUCUUGUUCUUAAAUAUAAAUUUACAUUUGUAAUA